GGCUACUCGCUGCUGUACUAUGGCUACUACAGCAACGUCACCCUCAACGACCCCUGUGCCUCCAGCCCCCAUGGCAGCACGUGCCCCCUCGCAGCCCCCCUGCUCCCGUACAACAUGCCGCUGGCCUACUUGAUCAGCAUUGGGAUCUUCUUCCUCGUCACCUGUGUCCUCCUGGUGUACAGCGUGUCCCACUCCUUCCGGGAGAGCGUGGGCAGCUCUGCGGGGGACCUUGCUGUCAAAGAGCUGCUUGCAGAGCGGCGCUCCCGCUCCCGCUCCCUCCGCCUCUGCCGGCGCCUGGCGCGCUCCGCGGUGCUUCUCAUGGCCUGGACCCUCUCGCUGAGCACGGUGCUGGGCUGCGUGCUGGCUGUGUACCACUUCUCGGAGCACAUGCAUGCGGGGAGUGCUAUGUCGAUCCUCGGCCUGCUCUGCUACCAGUGGCUCAGCGGGAGAGUCGUCUGCUCGACAGAGGAGUGCUGGGAGACGUGUGUUGGGCAGGACCUGUAUCGCUUCAUGGUGAUGGACUUCAUAUUCACCCUGCUGGACACGCUUUUUGGAGAGCUGGUCUGGAGGCUGAUCUUGGAGAAGAGGCUGAAGAGGAAGCAGAGGCCCGAGUUUGACAUCGCCCGAAAUGUGCUGGAGCUGAUCUACGGGCAGACCCUGACCUGGUGA